AUGAGUGGCACCACACGCAGUGGGCUGGUGCCCACGCCGAAGCGGCAUAUCAAAUACAUGAGAAAGCGCAAGAAUCACCACGCCGACGAUUCGCGUAUGCCAUUGAAAUUUGAGGCUCAGCCGAUGCCGCUAUCGCUGCGUCCAUUUGGUGGGCUUUUUAAUCCAUUCGCCAAAGGCUGUUCCGUGCUAUGCAAUCAUCCCGCGCCGCCGGCUGUGAAGGAUGUCAUCAACCAGUUGAAAACAUCGCUGGCCAUUGAGGGCAAGUGUCCGGCGCAGGUGGCCAAGGAGAAGCCGCUGGAGCAGCAACUGCAGCCGCAUGAAGCGGACAAUAUACCCGAGGAUUUGUUUCGACGUUAUGCUGAAACGGACUCCAGGCCCAUGACACCGACGCCAACUGUGACCAGCAUCCAUACACGAACCAGCGCCGGAUCUUUCUAUCGGCGCUGCAUCACGCCGGAGUGGGGCAAGCAUGAGAAUAUUCAGCGCAAGAAGAUUAUAUUGGAUCUGCGACGCACGCACUCGCAAGAGACGCUCUACUGGAAGCCCAGCUCGGAGCUAACACAGAGCGGCAUCGAGGAGGGCAAGAAGCCAAAGAGUGCGGGCGCCAAUGAGGAUAAGAAGCGGGCCCAGCAGUCCACUGAGCAAAGACCCAAAUCUUCGCUCGGUACGGCGACUCUAGCACCGGGCGGUGAUCAACAUGCUGAACUGGAACAGAAGCCACACAAGAUCUGCAUCAAUGAGCACGACAUGAGCGACGACGAUGCGCGACGAGGCAAAAAGCGCAAAAGGCUGAAGCCAACGCAGGCCACGACAACAUUUCACUUAAGCGAGGAUCCCGAGACUCAGGUGGCUGCAUUGGGACCCGAUUCACUGAAUGCCAGCACUAGACCCAGUCUGAUACCCAACACGGCUGGCUUGCUGCCCAAGGAUCGACGUGAGCUGGAGCGAGAGCCCAUUUUGCUGAAGGGCAGUUUCCUAACCGAUGAGGCCUUUCAGGCGCUCAAAACGGAUCUGACUGUAGAUUUAAUUGAGAACACAUUUGGCAGAUAUCUAAAUCGUGCACUGCGCGAGGCCAUCAAGUAUAUACCAAAGCCUGUGCAUAAGCCAGUAGAGGAAGUGGACAAAACAACUGCGAAUCUGAACUCCAAAAUGCCACGCAAAUUCUCGAAAUCCGCCACGAGAUUCGAUGUACCCAUGGAUCUAUCCAUGCUAAAGAACAUGACGCCUUGGGAUUAUCUAAGCAAAUAUGUUUGGGUCUCACAGCAACGCAAGCAGCUCUAUAAACGCGUUUUUCUCAAGUAUUUAAGCCGCUGCGAAGAACCGGAAGCGGAAACGGAUGAUGCGCUCCUUAUUGAGUACAAAGAGCGCACAAUGGUCUGGCGUAGCCUGCCGCAGGCCCUGGAGGAUGUUUUAGAGUUUCAUGGAAAUGAGCAAAAUGUUCAAAAUACACUCAUGCAUUUGGGCUACAAGUCGGAUGGCAAUGGAGUUUUGGAUUUUCGCGCCUGGUGCGGCAUUGUUUCAUUUGCCGAGCGUUUGACUCUAUCGAAUCCUGCGUGCAGUGAUGAUGAUUCAUGCGAUGAACUAGAAAAGGCUGACUUCAAUAGCAUGGAACAGAUAAUUGACCAGUUUGAAGUGCCCGAUAGCCUACAGAAAAUCUUCAAAAUAAUUCGUAUAACACACAAAAUAAAGCAUUAA